GUCUAAAGACAUUUAUGUUGUUAACAAUUUUAACCCACGUUGACUUUAUUAAAAAAGACUAGCAAACAUCGAAAACACACCCUCCAUACAAGAGCAAAGAGAUAUUCAUGUAGCUCAGCUGGCUCUGCAUCAUCAAACUCGACGGCGUGGAGAGUUUAAAUUUUCGUGAGGAAUUCCGCUAGUGAACUUAAAGCCAGUGUACAAUGCGUCGUCUGCAUUGAGGAAAUGGAGUGUGCACUGGGCUGCACAAUGGCAGAAGAUGUUGGUUUACAUAAAAACGUUGGUAAAGGAACUACCACUCAAUGUCAUACAACUUACUGCUUGAAUCAGGUUUCUAUAACAAUUUCAAAUUUCACCUGUUCUACGAUGGUACCAUACGACAAUCGCCAAACAUCUUUGAAGAUGAGCACUUGUUCAUAUCUUUUUUUUUUGACGUCCUCAAAGUGCUGCAAUGGUCACCGAGUGUUCCAAGUGCGUCUUUUUGGGAAUUUCAAUGGUACUUUCGCGCUCUGUUUUGGCCUCUUUAGACGCUUUCGCUCAUGUUUUGUGCAGGCACAUACAUAAUCGAUUAAUGCAUAGCUACAGUACUGUUUUCAUAGCAUCAGAGCUUACUUAUUGAGUUUUAAGCAUCCCCUCCCUUUUCAUUCAGCAAACAGCCGUCUGGAAUCUCUAGAUUAGAGACGACGCAUAUCCUGACGUGAAUCUUAAGGUUGCGGGCCACGUCCCCUUUACAAAGUUUUUUGAAGGAAAGGUGCAUGUCUGAUGCGCCAGAAGCUUUAAGGAACUUUUCACAGAAAACUAGGACUGCACUGUGCGCAAUAUAGAAUAGUUCAAUUUAGCCCUAUAUGUAUUUGCCUGGAUCAGUUCUGGAAUUUGGCCUUUUCCCAACUUUGUUUUUCUUUGGCCAUACGUCAUUUUCGAUAUGGAAAUCAUAUUGCCCAGCGAUAUGUUUCCAGCUUUUCAGAUCAACAAGUUCUUGUCACGUUAGAAACUAAUAAAGUGGGAAAUAUUUCCAAAG